AUGGGACCUGGAAGUUGUCUUUGUCCGGCCAGGGCUGCCCUUCCGGUUCCGUUGGGUCCCCCUUUGGCUCAGGUUGUCUGCCCCUCCCCCUUCGCGGAGCCCCGAGGGGCCGGAGCUCCUGGCUUUGCCAGAUCCGGAUGGCGGCCUUUCCCCCGGGUUUGUAAGUUCGGAGGCGACCCGAGAGCGGGGCUAGGGUGCGGGGUCUCUGGAAAUGGAGCCCCCGUGGGGACCUGGAUCGGCCGCAACCUGCCCUGGGAUGGGAGCCAAGGAGCAGGUCUAGGCCCCCGGACUCUUGAGCCAUUGGACUGGCCCAUGCUGCAUCCUACCCUCUUCCCCUUCCCGAAUCUGCAGUGGGGAGUCUCAGGAUGCUCCAGGGACCGCCUCCUGGGACCCUCUACAUACGGCCCUGUAGCUGGCCAGGAAACCAGACUCUGGCAUUUUGUAAAAAGUGCAGCAGUUAAGGCCGGCAGAAAACUGAACGGCGGGAGCUAGCCAAGGCAAGGCCUUCAGUGCCAACCGCG